AAGCAGAGGAUAAAGACCAUUUUAGAAGAAGAAAGACACUAAAUCAGAACAGCAGUCACUCAAGAAAACAAGGUAUUUUUCAGAAUGAAUUUAUUAUAUAAAAUGGUACAUUUCCUUUUAUUUGCAUCGGUUUCUGGUGAAUGUGUGACUAAACUGUUCAAAGAUACCUACUAUCAAGGAGGAGACAUUACAACUGUUUUUACACCCAGUGCCAAGCACUGCCAACUAUUCUGUACCCUUCAUCCGAGGUGUCUGCUCUUCUCUUUCAUGGCUUCAUCAUCAUCCGAUGAUCAAACCAAAUGGUUUUCUUGCAUCCUGAAAGACAGUGUUACAGAAACAUUGCCAAGGGUUAAUAUGACAGGAGCAAUUUCUGGAUAUUCUUUCAAGCAAUGUCCACACCAAUUAAGUGCUUGCAACAAAAAAAUUUAUGUGGGCCUAGAUAUGAAGGGCAUGAAUUAUAAUGGCUCUAUUACCAAGAAUAUUCAGGAAUGUCAAGAGAAAUGCACAAAUGAUAACCACUGCCACUUUUUCACUUAUGCAACAAGGCAGUUUCCAAGUGUAGAGCAUCGUAACAUGUGUUUAUUGAAGUACACCCAAACAGGAACACCAACCAGAAUAAUAAAGCUCAAUGAAGUUGUGUCCGGAUUUUCACUGAAAUCCUGCGCCCUUUCUAGUCUGGCUUGUAUUAGGGAUAUUUUCCAGAAUACAGUGCUGGCAGAUACUAAUAUUGACAGUGUUAUGGCUCCAGAUACCUUUGUUUGUCAACGAAUUUGUACGCAUCAUCCCAACUGUUUGUUUUUCACCUACUUUUCUGAAGAAUGGCCAAAAGACAAUGAAAGAAAUCUUUGUCUCCUUAAAACAUCUGUGAGUGGACUACCAAGCACACGCAUUAAAAAGAACAAAGCUCUUUCUGGCUUCAGUUUACAAAACUGCAGGCACAGUGUCCCAGUGUUCUGUCAUUCUUCGUUUUAUCAUGAUACUGAUUUCCUGGGAGAAGAACUGGACAUCUUGGAUGUGAAAGGACAUGAAGCCUGCCAGAAAAUUUGUACCAACACAGUCCGCUGUCAGUUUUUCACCUAUUCUCCAAUUCAAAAACAUUGCAAGGAAGGGAAAGGGAAAUGUUACUUAAAACUUUCCUCAAAUGGAUCUCCAACUAAAAUACUUCAUGGGAGAGGAGGCAUCUCUGGAUAUACAUUAAGAUUAUGUAAAAUGGAUAAUGAGUGUACAACAAAAAUCAAGCCCAGAAUUGUUGGAGGAACAGCAUCCGUCUCUGGUGAGUGGCCCUGGCAGAUAACCUUGCACAUCACAUCACCCACCCAGAGACACCUGUGUGGAGGCUCCAUCAUUGGAAACCAAUGGAUACUAACGGCUGCUCAUUGUCUCAACGAGGUAGAGUCACCAAACCUUUUGCGUGUCUAUAGUGGUAUUUUAAAUCAGUCAGAUAUAAAUGAAAACACACAUUUCUUUGGGGUUCAGAAAAUAAUAAUCCAUGACCAAUAUGAAAUGGCAGAGAGUGGAUAUGAUAUUGCCUUGUUGAAACUGGAAACCACAAUGAAUUACACAGACACUCAACGACCCAUAUGCCUGCCCAGUAAAGGAGACAGAAAUGUAAUAUAUACUGACUGUUGGGUGACUGGAUGGGGAUACAGGAAAUUAAGAGACAAAAUACAAAAUACCCUCCAGAAAGCCCAAAUUCCCUUGGUAACAAAUGAAGAAUGCCAGAAAAGAUACAAAGGGCAUAAAAUAACCAAUAAAAUGGUCUGUGCAGGCUACAAAGAUGGAGGGAAAGAUGCUUGUAAGGGAGAUUCCGGGGGGCCCCUGUCCUGUAAACACAAUGAGGUCUGGCAUUUGGUGGGCAUCACAAGCUGGGGAGAAGGCUGUGCUCAGAGGGAAAGGCCUGGUGUUUAUACCAAUGUGGUGGAGUACAUGGACUGGAUCGUGGAUAAAACGCAAGCAUAAUGAGAAGCCUUAUCUAACCCCUUGAGGAGCAAACCGGAUUAAUUGCUGGAAGAAGGUUUUCAUUUCACCUAGA